AUGAAGGCUGAUCAGGGUGUCAGAAAAUUAGAGGAUGAGGUUAGGGCUUGUGAUACUAGAUGCCCACAGGGAUUCUGGUUGUACGGAAACUGCUCUCGUGGCCAGCCUCUCGAAUGCAAGAAAUGCUCUGAUGGCUGUCCGGCUGGAAUGUACAUUGCUCGUCCCUGCACACCCUACAGCGACCUCGUCUGCCGAGCUUGUCGUCCGCUGUGCAUUUCGGAGGAAUUCGAGUUCACACCGUGCAAGGGAUCCAGCAAUCGUGAAUGCAGACGCAAGGACAUAAUUCCAGAGCUCGUGAUUCCACACAAGCGACGCGUGUGGUUUGAGGACCAGCGCAAAGUCAGGGACGUGUCUUUCAUUCUCACGGCUGAGACCCAACGCCGUCUCCUCGUCAACCGCACCGUCAUCCUUGACCGCGGCUCGGGGUAUCAGGUGCAACUGGAUUUCGAGAUGGUGCAUCUGGAGCCGAUUCUAGAGCCGGUGAACCACUCGACAAGCAACGACAACGCGCAUUUUCUGGCAUCGGCGCGCGCGGAGUCCUCCACGGCGGACGACAUGUACAGUCGCCAGUGGUUCGGCGGUAGCGCCGCCUCCGAUCCCGCAUCGCCCUCGGGUCUGAGCGAACUCUGGCAUCGGGCCAAUGACACGCUCGCACGCUUGUGUCCCUACCCAAUACCCCCUGUUUACCACCUCACAAUGUUUGUGCACAGGGUCAGUUCUGCUGCUGCCACUGUAACUAGUUGGUUGGUGUGGGCGCAUGUUCUCACCUCCCUGAACGUGACGACAUCCACGGAUCCCGAUCAAAGUCUCCCCGGCUACCGACCGAUCCUCUCCAGCUGCACAACCUACGAGCAGCACGGCUACUUCCCGCCAUUGGGAUUUGCGCCAGGUGGGGACACUCGCGGCGACUGGUACGGGGACGCGGCCAACGCCUUUGGCGGGGACGACAAUCGACCAGCGAGGGGCGGCUUCUACUCAGACCCCGGCGGUGACGAUGACGCCGGCAGCCAGCGGCGGAGGUCGCAGCUCGUUGAGGCGCCGACGAUCUCGUGCCUCGAGCCCUCCAAACUACCCGCCAUCUUCGGACCCAAGUGGAAUGAGGAGUUGGCUGCGCCACAGACUGCCUUCUACGAGGAGAAAAUUCAAUGUGCCCACUUGAAGGAGGCCUGUCGAGCGUGUCUGGUGAGCUGCGCGGAGGAGAUUAAGAGUAGUUCUCUCUCCUGCAAACCCACCGCUGGACCGGCCGACAACGGACGCUCUGGUCGUCUGGAGACGUGCUUCGACUGCUGUGCCAGGGACAACUGCACGUACAUCUGUGGCAAGUACUCCGCGCAUCGAUGCCUCAUGCGACUGUGCAGCCGCGGGACCAGAUUGGACUUCCGCUUGACGCCAGAAUGGCCCAAAGAGAAUCCCUUCAUUUGCCACGUGCAGCCAGCACGAAGCCGACCGAUUUAUCGCUUGCGCUGGUCUCUCCUUCACAAUGGCCACCCGUCGACCAAACAGACGUUCUCUGCAAGUUUGUCCCUGAAUCAACCAAUCAGCGGGCUGCAUGGCGAAUCAAUGUGGAGUGGCGGAGGAGGACACUCAUCAGCUGGCCACUCAGAUAAUGUUGUAAAGCGCCUUCCUGGUGGAACGUUGAAUCAGUUGUUGCGUGGACUCCUGAAUGUCGACUACUCCCUGGGCCUGUCGCACAUUCCAGACAUCAUCAGCGGAUCAGCCAGCACCCAAGCAGCGUACUACUGGAGCACUCAGACAAUUCCGUUGCUUCAGAAUGCCGUAUCUGGGAGCGAUGGCUAUGAAGGGUCAAGUGGAACGCUUAGUUAUCCCUUCCUGUCACCCUUCCCUCCCGUAUCGACGUCUGCACAGGCAGGCGCAAGUGGAGCCGCGACGCCCAGUCUCCUCGUGUGGCCUUCAAAGCCCUUUGAGGUGAACACGGACCUCUGGCGUCGACUGUCAGCUGCGCCGUGCGCUUCUGCUGACCCGCUUCUGGAGAAAUUGAACAUCUACACGCCAGCUCUGGCGCCCUACAUCGGCAUGACUGACGUCCAGGUCAACUACAAAGCCCCCUACCUCUACUCAAUCUCGCAUGUUCGCAUCAAGCCCAAACUCAAUUUCAGUCUGUCGAGGGAGGCCUCCUUCCUUGGGAGCAUCUUCGAGCCGACGUCGGUGGAACGCGGUCACUCACUGCGCGCCACUCUCACUCUUGACCUGAAUUACGGCGUCGACGGAAGCGACGACGCGGAAAAGCACCAGCAGCACCAGUUUGUUGGAAACCGACAGAGCGCCAUCCAACGCAGCUACUGGGUCAUCGAUGUCUGGGGCCAGGUCUCGCACUUUCCGGGCCUGUUUCGGUUCAAGGUCUACCCUGAGGAGGUGCCUGGAAGCAACGGAGGCGGUGAACCCAGCGAAGAGGUGGCAGAACACGAAAAACUGCCCGAUGGAGAGCCACUCCUCGACUACGAGGUUGGCGUGUUUGAAGAGAACAAAUUUCAGCUGCGCAUUCUUAUACCAGCACCAGACGAAGAACCGGACUACGAAAAGUCCUUCCGAUUGGUCAUCCUCGACGCCAAGAACCGCCUUGACAUUCGCGUGCGUCGUGCCGUUCAGCCACCUGCUGAGAUGCGCCAACGUCGAAUGUACACAAGCUCGUCCACGAGCUCCCUCUCCUCCAUGGCGGCUCUCAUACCAAGUUUAGCGGCGCGUCAGUUACGCGACCCCGUUGGUGGCGCCACUGACCAAUCGGCGCGUCCGCUGAAAACAACACUUCAGCCGGCUGCACAGCCAUUGGCGGGCGGAGGCAAAGCUGUCGCCGUGACCCGCGUCAUCCCUAUUGGUCCGCCCGCAGAGGUCGUCUACAUCCUCAUCCUCUUCCUGCUCCUCCUAUUCGUGAUCCACGUUCUUGGUCACGUGACGCAGCCCGAUCCCUCGCAUUACUGGAUCGGCUGUGCCCCAGCGGAGACGUCCGAUCCCAACGCGACAACCUCCGCGGCCAUUUUCACCUUCCGGCCCCCAGACAAGGUCACUCCGCUGACGUACUGGAGAAGAGUCUUUGUCCUCGUCAUUUACCUCUGCUUAAAAUCAGCCUACACCUUCAGCGUCACGCUAACUGCCCUCAUCAUUGUCACUCGCUAUUUCACUCGGGAAUCGGCUCAACAGCUCGCGAAUAUGGCGGAGUGGAGUGGAAUGGGUGGCCUUGACUACAGCCAAUCAGUUGUUAGCAUUGCCCGGCAGAAGCUCCUAAAGGAUUCCAUGGACGCCUACUUGAAGGUGGAGCUCCGAAGACAGCAGAAGGAGGCGCUGGCGAUGCACGAGGCCUGUUCCUCUGGCAUUGAAAAGAUGUUCGACAAAAUGGAACAGGCCUUCGACGUAGCCUCAAGGCGAGCGGCUUCCCGUCGCAGUCGUGUUUUGGUGUCGCAAGCUGCCGCAGAAUACGCUCGCGUUGUCGCUGCCGCCGCAGUGCUUGAAUUCGCUAAUGGCCUUGCGACCUUCAACUCCACAGCCCAAUGGGCGAUUCGCAGGCUCAAGGCUGACCUCGAGGGAACCGAGAACAUUCUCGCGGCUUCCGAUUGGCUGGCAGGCGCUCGAAUAAUCUACGAGGAAGUGGCGCGUCUGCGGGGCCUGGAGCCUGACCCUGCUGAUCCCACCCGACCGUUCCUUCAGUGGGCCAAACUCCUUCCACUGCCACACGACUCAGCCUAUUCGCAAAUGCCCUUCACGGGCUUCAAUUUACCCCCCAACCUGCCCACCUUCAACCCCGACAAGCUGAGAAUCCCCACGCCACCUGUUUGGAAGGAGACACUCGAUGACAAUCAAUUCUCCCACCUGAAUAAUGAUGCCGAUGCCUUCGAGACGAGAUACGGACCUUCAUAUGUUCCAUUCGUGUCCGACGCGACUGAUAUUGAAACUGACCAGCUGACGUGGUCGGUUUAUGAGGAAUCAGAUGGCAAACCUGACCAAAGCGAGGCCGACUGGCCGAAAGAAGUGCUCCAAUCAGGUUCAGGCAAGAAGAAGCCCUCGAGCCAAUCAGAAACACCAGGUGGUAAGCAUGCAGGCGAGAAUUCCAGCGAUAGUGAUGGUGGUGGUGGUGGCUUCGCCGACGUCUUCCAGCUCAGCUGGGUUCACUUGCUGUGCUUCGCUCUAUUCCUGGACGGAUUCUGGCUGGUUCAUCGCGUCCUCCACACCGUGGACACAGCCGAGCGCAUCCUCUAUGGCGAACCCAUUGUCAUUGAUUGUACGGAUAAAGGCUUGAAAAGGCGUUUGAUGAAGAGAAAUCGUUUCAGGAAGGGCGCCAAAUCUGCCUUCAAGACGUUCAUGAGGCCCGACUGCGUGAGGCGGAUUUGUGCUGGCACGCUCGCUCUACUAGUCGUCUGUUUGGCGUCCGCCCACGUUAAGGACAUCCUCUCUGAGGACGUGCUGGACUACACCGGCUACUACGACAACCUGAUGAUGGACGUUCACCUCCACGCGCGCUUCGUCAAUCUGCACAUCGUCAGUUCGGCCAAACGCCUGACACACCAGGAACUGGCGUCCACUGAAUCGCACGCCGAGCAUCGCUAUCAAGAGGCCCAAUUCCUGCUCUACCAUUGGACCGGUUGGUUGAAUCGUGUGGAGACGGAGCAGUGCCGCGUCCUACUCCUGUACAAGGACGCUGCAAGAGCACUGCGCUCGAAAAUUUCCGCGGAGGACGGCUUGGGUGGAGGCGGGCACUACCCUCAGACGUCGUGGCCGCCAGCAAGCGACAGCUACUACUCCUCCUCCUCCUCUACCUCUAUGAAUGCGUCGGCUGCGAAUGAGGCCUUCGUGCCACGCCACUGUCGCCUGUCGACGUCUGAGCGGGAGGCGGAAUUGCGCGACCUGAGGCGCCUGGAACCCCCACACUGUCCCAUUAAUGUCAUCACGCCGAAGCUCUUCCAAGGGUAA